GAUAUGGGCCCAGUAAUAUAUUGCUAAUUUUUUUUUAGGGUGUUUACUUAUUUAUUAUUUCAAAAUCAUUUCAACGAUUCUGAACGAAGAUAUACCGUCAGCCUGUAGGUAUUACUACUAACUUUAAUCGUUAUUGAAAACAGUCAGUCGCAGUGGAUUUAAAUUUCAAAUUGACAAUGAUUGAAAUAAUUGUGUACAUAAUUGUUAUUAUUUUCGUUGUGACGUGGUGUUACUUUAAAUGGCACAACAGGCCCUUUGAAAAAUUGGCAUCUAGAAUGCCAGGACCUCCAGCGUACCCUUUCAUUGGAACAUUGUAUCAAUUUAUUGGACUGACGUCAGAACAGAUCGUGAGCAGAAUACUUGACUACGUGAAAGAUUAUAAUCUAGAGCCAUUUAAAUUCUGGAUGGGACCAUAUUUUGGAGUCGUCAUUGUCAAACCGGAAGACCUACAAAUUGUCUUGAAUAGUUCAAAGGCCCUUCAAAAAGGUUAUGUGUACGAUUUUUUCAAGGAUAUUGGAGGCGAAGGCUUGUUUACUGCACCAGUUGACAAAUGGCGGAUACAUCGUCGCAUGAUAUCUCCCUUGUUUAAUGGUAAACUUUUGGCACAGUUUUUCCCAGCUUUUAUCGAGAAAAACCAAAUUCUCAUAAGGAAUGUCGCGAAGCAAUUAAACGAAACACAAGUGUUCGAUCUCUGGGACUACAUUGCACCAUUUGCACUUGAUACUAUUUGUCAAAACACCAUGGGUUACAAUCUCGACACUCAAACAAACAAAAAUGAAUGUGAAUUUGCCGAAGCAAUAGUAACAACAACAGAUUUAGAAGGGAUGCGAAUUUUCAAACCAUGGUUACAUGUUGAAAUCGUGUUUUCAAUGUAUUUAAAUCUUACUGGACAACAAAGAGUCUUCGAAACAGUGAGGAAAUUUCCAUUACAAGUAAUUAAGGAAAAGAAAGCUGAAUUUGACCAGAGAAAAAAAUUAAAUGACGCUAAAAUGGACGUUACCAACAGUAACGAACACCAAUCAAAACUAUUUUUGGACACAUUGUUUGAACUGAACAAUGGUGGUGGCAACUUUUCAGAUUCCGAUAUUAGGGAUGAAGUUAUAACCAUGUUGAUUGCGGGCAGUGAAACAAGUGCUAUCACAGUCCGCUUUUGUCUUUUGAUGUUAGCUAUACAUCAAGAUAUUCAAGAUAAGGUAUACGAUGAAAUUUACGAUAUAUUUGAUGAGAGUGACCAUAUGAUAUCUAUUGAAGACACUACUAGACUUGUUUACUUAGAACAAGUGUUAAAAGAAACCCUUCGAUUAUUUUCUGUAGGACCAUUGCUACUAAGAGAAAUUCAAGAAGAUCUUAAAAUAUUUUCAAGUGAUUACGUACUACCAAAAGGAACAAUGUGUAUUAUAAGCUCAAUAGCCACACAUCAUAGUCCUGAUUUGUACCCAAAUCCUUGGUCUUUUAAUCCAGAAAACUUUAGCCCAGAAAAUGUCGUUAAACGUCAUAAAUAUAGCUUUAUUCCUUUUAGUAGUGGUCCAAGAGGUUGCAUAGGAUCCAAAUAUGCAAUGAUGUCUAUGAAAGUCACUGUGUCAACUUUUUUGCGACAUUUUAGCGUACAUACAGAUAUCAAAUUAACAGAUAUUAAGUUAAAAUUAGGUUUAUUGAUGAAGAGUGUUAAUGGUUAUCCUGUUACGAUUCGGCCAAGAGACAAAAGACCAACGUACAAGCGAAAUUUGAAGCCACUACGAUAAUGCCCAAUUUAUUAAUGAGAUUAAUUAAUUUUUUAAAUGCUAUUGUUCGAUAUAGGUCUGCGUUUCUCAAACUGUGGGUCGCGACCCCCUGGGGGAUCGCUAUUCAAUUAUUGGGGGUUCGCGAGAAGUUUUUAAAUUAUACAGAUUGUAAGAAAUUUAUUUUUUUUGAAAUUGUAUAGACUAUAGAAUAUAAAUACUAAUAGAAGUAUAAAGUAAUAUACGAAUUAUUACGGGAAUUAUUACGACGGGUAUUUUUGGUACGUCGUUAUCGCAAAAAUAUUUCGAUAAAAUAUGACGAUAAAGUCACA